GUUUUAUGAAAGACUCGCUCUGCGUUUCAGCUUUAAAAGGCAUAACACGAAACACCUACAUUUACACUCCUCGCAACAACGAUGGCCAAGGGAAAGCGUUCCGCUGAUGCCAAGGGCAGCCAGAAGCGCCAGAAGAAGGUGCUCCGCGACAACAUCCGCGGCAUCACCCGCGGCUCCAUCCGCCGUAUGGCCCGCCGUGGUGGCGUGAAGCGCAUCUCGAGUGAGAUCUACGAGGAGGUGCGCCGCGUGCUGAAGGCCUACGUCGAGGACGUGGUGCGCUCCAGCACCGCGUACACCGAGUAUGCGCGCAAGAAGACGGUGACGGCGUCGGACGUCGUGAACGCGCUGCGCAAGCGCGGCCACAUCCUGUACGGCUACGCGUAA